AAAACGUAGUACUUUUUUAAACUGUCCCUCUGUGUCUGUCACUAGUAAGCUAGUGUCACUUUUUAAUGCCGUUGACGGACAUUACUGUUUACUGAGAUGUUUUGAUUCUACCGCUACCAAUUUAGCAGCAAUUAUUGUUUAAAGACUAUCAAAUAAUUGUAUACGCAGGCAUGUACAGAAUUGGAUGAUUAUAUUUAAAUCAGUACAGUGAACUUAUUUCAAAAUGUAUCACUGUGGAAUGCGUCAAGUUGGGGAGAGACAUGUUGCUUACAAAGUUGAUCUUAUGGUUUGGAGUAACCGUCUUGAUCUUCUAGCUCUGAGCAAUUUUAAAGGAGAAGUACAAAUACAUAGACUACACUGGCAAAAAGUAUGGAACCUACCACCUCCUAAAGAAAAAGUUACUGUUCGAGCUAUGGCUUGGAGGCCUGAUGGAAAGGCUCUAGCAAUAGGUUAUAGUUCGGGUGCUGUAUAUAUUGUGGAUAUAGAAGAUAAGGAAAUCUUAGAUAAAUAUGAUUUGGAGCAAGAAAAUUUAGAUGAGUUUGAUAACUCUAAACACUUUGGAAUUACAUGCAUAACUUGGGCUGUGAGAGCUGAUACUCUCGAGGGUGCGACCGAUCCUAACAUCUAUGAUGAUGCUUCAAUAUUCCUUCAAAACUUACCAGUAACUGGUGAAUACAAAAAUCAGGCAACAGAUGAGAAUGCUAAGGAUUUUAAGGAAAUCCAGGCUCCCAAUCAAUUGAAUAUGUUAUUAGUUGGUUACGGUAAUGGCUACAUAUACAUGAACAUCUUUGGUAGAUACCCUUAUGGUACACUACAUCUAGCACAAGUUGUAAAAGAUGAUUUUGGAGAAUACAAUAUCCUGGAUAUCUGUAUGUCAGAUGACUUCAGUUUCAUGCAAGUUGUAUACAUUGAUAGACUGACAAACAAUCUCCUUUUAUCCUUAAUAAACACUAGUGUUUUAUCUGCAUAUGCUGAAGAAAUGUAUGUUGUUGCUAAGAAGCACAGUGAGAUUGUGCGGUUGACUUCUUACCUUGAUCAAACAAUGAUAUCCAUUACUGAAGCUUGGGAGCAUAUUCUGUUAGAGAUGGACACUAAAAUGGCUGAUUAUGCAGCUUCAGUGCCGGAAGGUGGUGUUUCUGCAGAUUUACUGGAGUUACUUAUGUUGGGAACUCCAUCUGAUGAAUUAGAGCUGUGUCUGCUACAAAAGUUAACAGUAAAUGAUUUAAAAAAGUUUGGUAACUCAAUUGAGCUAAGUUACUCAACUAUUCAGAAACUAGUUCUGAAGCAGGUAAAUAUUGUAGGCCAAAGUCUCACUUAUUACCUGUCUGAACUUAGAGGAUUGACAAGGAUACCAGAUAGAUAUAAGGUUCUAGGUAUUGAAGAACAAACUGUGACUGAAGCCAUAAGGGCUUGCUGUGCAUUCCUCAACAAGUGUCUGGAGUUGCAACAGGUGAUCGACACAUCUAUGCGGAACUACAAGGCAUUUUUCCGUUGGCUCUUUGUAGUCAUUGUCAGAUUGCUAGGUGAACAAACACCUAGCGAAAUUGUUAAAAUAACGCAGCAGGAACUUGGUCACAUUGCUGAAUUCUUAUAUAACUUUGACAAUGUUCAAGUGGACAGUAAUGAGGGAUUACCAGAAAAACCUGUUAAAUUUAAUUUAGAAAGAUUAGGCCAAUACUUGGAAGAUCAAGAGCUUACCAUCUUGCCUGAUGAUGAAGAUAAUCCCUGGCAUAAGUUCCUCAAAGAUAACUCCUGCCUACUGAAGGAUAAUGAUACUAUAUUUUCAUUAACAGAAUUCAAAAAGUUUUCACUAGUUCAACAACAAAAACAUUUGAAGUCUUCUAUUAACCAAGUAUUUGAUGUUGCCAAAAAAGACACAAGCAAAUAUUUUUCUGCUUUAUACAACAUCAAAUGCUAUGAAGACAAAAGUGGUGGAAAGCUUAGUGAAUGUUUGAGAAUCUGUCAAGCUUACUAUGCGUCCGAAAAUGGCUUUGUGAUGGCAUACAUUGACUCCAUGAAUGUAAAUGAUGGAAUCCAUUUUAUGUCAGUGAAGAUUAAAGAGAAAGCUUGUGCUUUACUUGGUCAGAAGUACACUUUUUCAACUCUCAUACUUGGUGAUAAAAAGCCAAAUGAUGAGAUGAUACCAGUACUCGAUUUACAAUUUUAUUCUUCAGAAUAUUUAUCAGUUCUUACACAGCAUCCACGUAAUGACGAGAAUUCUAUUUUCAUCCAAGUGCCUUUAGGUAUUAUACUAAUCAAUUCUCCUGAAUGGGCCAUAAAACCAAAGCAAUUUCUGUUUCACGACAAACUAAACAAGAAAAACAUAUCGCCUUUAAUAGAGCCAGGAGUUUUCAAAGUAUUGGAUAAAAUGGAUGGUUUCCGAAUAGCAGUGUCGGGUGGUCGUAAAGUUGCAGUUGUUCUGUCUAAAACUCACAGAAAAGUGCGUGUUUUCGAAAUGGAAAUUGAUGGUGAUGACGAGGAAGAUGAGACUUUGGACACAACACCACAAUCUUUAAGUACCAAUGACCAGUCCAUACAAUCUGAUAAGAACAAUGCUAGUACUGCUGCUGAUGUAACCUUUUAAUUUUCUUUAUCCUGUGCUAUGGAAACUAAUAUGAACUAUUAUUAAUAAGUAAAUAAAAUACAAUUGUAAACUAAAAUAAAAACAUCUUUUAAUUCACAGUAUAAUCUUACAACUACAUUAUAUUAGUACAAUACUUAAAAAUGAAGAUUCAUUAAGAAUUACAAUUAUUUUACUAUGAGUUAUCUUAGUUAGUUAUUAGUUUUACUAGUUUAUCACAAGUAU